UGCCAAUAUAAGGAUUCGAUACACUGCAGCCCAAUUCAUUCACCGGUGCGAGACGAAACCAACCUUGAGCUGUGCAAGCAAUGGCGUCGUCCCGAUGGCCGUCGUCGCUCCUCUGCAGCCUGCUGGUGCUGGCCCUCCUCUGCGGCGUCGCUCUGGCGGCUCGGCCGACGCGCUACCUCUCCGUCAGCCUCGACCAAGUGCUCGGCUCCAAGCAGGCUCGAGCCCAGUGCUAUGAUCCAUCCUCGUUUGCAGGUGAGGCUUCUGGCAACAAGUUCACCAUCCAUCCAUCUUGCGGUGCGGCCGAGCAGGCUGGACGCAGUCGCGACAUCCUCAGCCACGACAGAGCCCGGCUGAGUACCAUCCGCCAAAGGUCUGACCCUUCGGCGAUGCCUCCCAUGCCUCCGAUGUUCCCGCCAAGCCCCGCGCCAGCAGAUGGCAUGCCUCCGAUGUUACCAGCCGUCGCCUUCCCACCCAUGUUCUUCCCGCCAAACCCCGCACCAUCAGAGGGGAUGCCUCCUGCACCAGCGGUUGCCUUUCCUCCGAUAUACCUCCCGCCGGCCCCUGCGCCAGCGAAGGGGCCGUCCGUCACCAUCCCGGACGUCCCGGGGACCAGCGGCUACAACAUAACGGAGUUCAUCGUCGUCGUUGGCUUCGGCACGCCGCCUCAGCCAUCUGCUCUGCUCUUCGACACCGGCAGCGACCUGUCGUGGGUCCAGUGCAAGCCGUGCACUGGCCACUGUUACCAGCAGCGCGACCCGCUCUUCGACCCGACCAAGUCCUCCACCUACAACGUCGAGACGCUGACCUUCUCCUCGUCGCGUACCUUCUCCAGCUUCCCGUUCGGAUGCGGCACCACCAACCUGGGUGACUUCGGCACCACCGACGGGCUGCUUGGCCUCGGCCGUGGCCAGCUCUCGCUGGCCUCGCAGACGGCCUCCUCGUUCGACGGCACCUUCUCCUACUGUCUGCCGUCUCACAACAUGACGAGGCCCGGGUUCCUCAGCAUCGGCGCCGCCCCGGACACCGGCAAGGUCCAGUACACGGCGAUGAUCAAGAAGCCGCAGUACCCAUCCUUCUACUUCGUGGAGCUCGCGUCCAUCAACAUCGGUGGCUACGUCCUGCCGGUGCCGCCGUCCGUGUUCACCAGCAAGGGCACCCUGCUCGACUCCGGCACCACCCUCACGUACAUCCCCACUCAGGCCUACAACUUGCUCCGCGACCGCUUCAAGUUCACCAUGAAGGGGAACAAGCCGGCGCCGCCCUUCCAAGAACUCGACACCUGCUACGACUUCUCCGGCCAGAGCGCGAUCUUUAUACCGGGGGUGUCGUUCAAGUUCAGCGACGGAGCCGUGUUCAAGCUCGACUUCUUCGGGAUCAUGAUGUUCCCUGACGCGGCGCAACCGGCCUACGGGUGCCUCGCGUUCGCGGCGGUUGAUGAUGACAUCUCCAUCAUCGGCAACACGCAGCAGCGUUCCGCCGAGGUGAUCUACAACGUUGUGUCCGAGAAGAUUGGUUUUGUUCCCUUCAGUUGCUGAUUUCCUUCCUCGUAUAGAAAAGUAGCCGAUCGACGCGUACCGCCACUCUAUAUAUGUACCUGCUGCAUGUGUCAGUACCCUGUACUUUCGUUUUCGGUUUUCAAGUAUGAAUAAAGAGGUUGAGGCGAUGGGUGCUUACUUUGAAUAUGAAAAAUGUUUACAUCUGUGUUA